AAAUCCAAGAUUCCGAAUAACACCAACCGCUCAUCUCCUCACCUGAUAGAAACCACUUAAACUUGCAUACCCCUGCCCGUGCAAGUUAACCUUCCCGGCGCACGUUGAUUCUUCUCUCUACUGCAAAGCCUUUUUGCAUUGUGAUUCCUUCGGCCACCUUUCUCUCCCUGCAUCCCUACUUCUCCUUCUAAACUCAGAAUGGAGUCUCGCUUGCUCACCGGCGCCACCAUUCGCGGCCUCGCACUUCCCCCCAAGCCGGUAGCGAGGAUCGCCGGAAUCAGCAGCGUCCCCACCGUGAGGCUCAGUGGAAACCUCGGCGAUGGCGGGAACUUGAUAUGGGGAAGGCAGCUCCGUCCAGCCAUACUGCUCGAAGCUUCUCCAGCGAUCACGGUUUCCUCGAUGAUAAAGAGGCAGAGUGUCCGGCCUUGCCUUGCCGCCGCCUCUUCACCGGACGAAAGUAGCGAUUCCGCCGGGGGUGCUAAGGUCGGGUUCCUGGAGACAUACCCGGCUCUCUUAACCGGAUUCUUCUUCUUCAUGUGGUAUUUCUUGAACGUGAUUUUCAACAUUAUCAACAAGAAGAUUUACAAUUACUUCCCUUAUCCUUAUUUUGUGUCGCUUAUACAUUUGUUUGUUGGGGUUAUCUACUGCUUGGCGAGUUGGGCCGUGGGCCUCCCUAAGCGAGCCCCAAUUGACUCGAACCUCUUAAAGCUGCUCAUCCCGGUUGCAGUGUGCCAUGCUAUAGGCCAUGUAACUAGUAACGUUUCUUUUGCUGCAGUGGCAGUCUCCUUCACUCACACCAUUAAAGCCCUUGAGCCUUUCUUCAAUGCUGCGGCCUCACAAUUCAUACUCGGGCAGCAGAUACCUCUAACGUUAUGGCUGUCGCUGGCUCCAGUAGUCAUCGGUGUGUCGAUGGCAUCAUUGACAGAACUUUCUUUCAACUGGAUUGGCUUUGUUAGCGCUAUGAUUUCCAACAUCUCCUUCACCUACAGGAGCAUAUACUCAAAGAAAGCUAUGACCAACAUGGAUAGCACUAACUUGUAUGCCUACAUUUCGAUUAUCGCCCUCAUUGUCUGCAUACCUCCUGCCGUAAUUUUUGAAGGGCCUCAACUGAUCAAACACGGGUUCAAUGAUGCAAUUGCUAAAGUGGGUUUGACAAAGUUCAUCACCGAUCUUUUCUGGGUGGGAAUGUUUUACCACCUCUACAAUCAGCUGGCAACCAACACCCUGGAGAGAGUGGCACCCCUAACCCAUGCUGUCGGAAAUGUGUUGAAACGUGUUUUCGUGAUUGGUUUCUCAAUUUUAGUCUUUGGUAACAAGAUUUCAUUACAAACUGGUAUUGGUACUAGCAUUGCUAUUGCUGGAGUUGCACUCUACUCCUUCAUCAAGGCCAAGAUGGAAGAAGAGAAACGACAAAGGAAAGCCGCAUGAGGGAGAUGCAAGAAUGAUCACUCUACAUUGCAUUUCAAAUGAGCAGUUUAGAACUUGUUUCCUCAUCGUGAAAUUAGUUCUCCAUUGUCUGUUAAUUUCAAUUACUUUGAGAUGAGUGGAAUAAUGUAUGAUUCCUCAUCACAAGCUAUGAGGAUCAAACAUGUGAAUAGUGUGUAUUUUAUAUGAGAAUAGACUGCUUCAGAAUUA